AUGCGCCGGAAGUUGCAGCCGGGAAGCCAGCGAGGUCGGUUCCGCCCGACUCUAACAUGGCGGCGCCCUUUGUCUGCUCUGAAGUGCCGUCCCCGGCCUUCUCGCGGCCGUGAUGCACCUCCCUCUACGGUGGGGUCCGGGACAUGGCAGGUAAUGAGCUGGAGGAGGAGAGCCAAGCUGGAGUUUACGCAGACAAACUGUCAGAAAAGAGUAGCCUGGGCUACUUGGAAAUCUGAGCCAUGGAUUUUCCCCAGCACAGUCGGCACGUCCUGGAGCAGCUGAACCAGCAGCGGCAGCUGGGACUGUUGUGUGACUGCACGUUUGUGGUGGACGGGGUUGACUUCAAAGCCCAUAAAGCAGUUCUGGCGGCCUGCAGCGAGUACUUCAGGAUGCUCUUCGUGGACCAGAAGGAUGUGGUGCACCUGGACAUCAGUAACGCGGCAGGCCUGGGGCAGGUGCUGGAGUUCAUGUACACGGCCAAGCUGAGCCUGAGCUCUGAGAACGUGGAUGAUGUGUUGGCCGUGGCCAGCUUCCUGCAGAUGCAGGACAUCAUCACGGCCUGCCAUGCCCUCAAGUCACUGGCUGAGCCGGCCGCCAGCCCUGGGGAGAAUAUGGUGGCCUCGGCCACGGAAGGAGGAGACAAGAGAGCCAGAGAGGAGAAGGCGGCUGCCCCCACGCUGGGUGAGCUGGGCCCCGCCGGCAGCGGUCCGCCCACAGGCCCGGGCAGGGAGCCCAAAGAGGAGCGGGGCGGCCAGGCCGAGAGCAGGGCCAGCGGGGCCGAGCAGACGGAGAAGGCUGACGCCCCCAGGGAGCCGCCCCCUGUGGAGCCCAAGCCCGACCCCACGAGCAGCAUGGCCGCUGCCGAGGCCGAGGCCGCCUUGUCAGAGAGCUCGGAGCAAGAAACGGAGCUGGAGCCGGCCAGGAAGGGAGAGGAGCGGGAGGCGGAGGGCGCCGCCGAGGUCAAGGAAGAGGGGCCGCCGCUGGAGAAGGGGGAGGCCCCCGAGGAGAGCGAGGAGUCGGCCAGCACGGACUCGGGCCACGAGCUGGGCGCCGAGGCCCGGGGCCUGCGCUCGGGCACCUACGGCGACCGCACGGAGUCCAAGGCGUACGGCUCGGUCAUCCACAAGUGCGAGGACUGCGGGAAGGAGUUCACGCACACCGGCAACUUCAAGCGGCACAUCCGCAUCCACACGGGCGAGAAACCCUUCUCGUGCCGCGAGUGCAGCAAGGCCUUCUCGGACCCGGCUGCGUGCAAGGCCCACGAGAAGACUCACAGCCCGCUGAAGCCGUACGGCUGCGAGGAGUGCGGCAAGAGCUACCGGCUCAUCAGCCUGCUGAACCUGCACAAGAAGCGGCACUCGGGCGAGGCGCGCUACCGCUGCGAGGACUGCGGGAAGCUCUUCACCACGUCGGGCAACCUGAAGCGCCACCAGCUGGUGCACAGCGGCGAGAAGCCCUACCAGUGCGACUACUGCGGCCGCUCCUUCUCCGACCCCACGUCCAAGAUGCGCCACCUGGAGACCCACGACACCGACAAGGAGCACAAGUGCCCCCACUGCGACAAGAAGUUCAACCAGGUGGGGAAUUUGAAGGCCCACCUGAAGAUCCACAUCGCCGACGGGCCGCUCAAGUGCCGAGAGUGCGGCAAGCAGUUCACCACCUCAGGGAACCUCAAGCGGCACCUCCGGAUCCACAGCGGGGAGAAGCCGUACGUGUGCGUCCACUGCCAGCGGCAGUUCGCGGACCCCGGCGCCCUGCAGCGGCACGUGCGCAUCCACACUGGCGAGAAGCCGUGCCAGUGCGUGAUGUGCGGCAAGGCCUUCACCCAGGCCAGCUCCCUGAUCGCGCAUGUGCGCCAGCACACCGGGGAGAAGCCCUACGUUUGCGAGCGCUGCGGCAAGAGAUUCGUCCAGUCCAGCCAGUUGGCCAAUCACAUUCGCCACCACGACAACAUUCGCCCUCACAAGUGCAGCGUGUGCAGCAAGGCCUUCGUGAACGUGGGGGACCUGUCCAAGCACAUCAUCAUCCACACCGGAGAGAAGCCUUACCUGUGUGACAAGUGCGGUCGUGGCUUCAACCGGGUGGACAACCUGCGUUCUCACGUGAAGACCGUGCACCAGGGCAAGGCGGGCAUCAAAAUCCUGGAGCCCGAGGAGGGGGGUGAGGUCAGCGUGGUCACCGUGGAUGACAUGGUCACGCUGGCCACCGAGGCACUGGCGGCAACGGCCGUCACUCAGCUCACAGUGGUACCAGUGGGGGCCGCGGUGACCGCCGACGAGACGGAAGUACUUAAGGCUGAGAUCAGCAAAGCCGUGAAGCAAGUACAGGAGGAAGACCCCAACACCCACAUCCUCUACGCGUGUGACUCCUGUGGGGACAAGUUCCUGGACGCGAACAGCCUUGCGCAGCACGUGCGGAUCCACACGGCCCAGGCGCUGGUCAUGUUCCAGACGGACGCGGACUUCUACCAGCAGUACGGGCCAGGCAGCGCGUGGCCGGCCGGGCAGGUGCUGCAGGCUGGGGAGCUGGUCUUCCGCCCUCGGGACGGGGCCGAUGGCCAGCCCGCUCUGGCAGAGACUCCCCCCACAGCCCCUGAAUGCCCACCGCCUGCGGAGUGAGCGGGCGGCCCUCCUUGUGACUGUUUAUUUAAGGAUGGCUGGCACCCUAGAUCUGAGAGGGGUGGCCCCGUUCCCUAGAGAGAAUAAAUUUGAUUAUUUUCUAA